AUGGGGUACCAUAGAGAUCUGCUAGAACAUUGGGCUCCUCCUCCUCCUCUGCCUGGUGGUGCUAUAGCCAUUCUCCAUCCGCCACCACCACCACCACCUUUUAUUGUUGAAACACCAAAUAAAACAUCACCAAGCAUUCCAAUAGAAAGUAUUGGAAGUACUCCAAUCAAAAAGAUCCCUACAAAGCGUGGUAAAGACAGGAAAUCCAGGUCAAGGCGUCACCGCAAAGUUGCUGUUGGUAGUACGGAUAUCAGUUGAAGAUAAAAUUGUUAAGGCAUAUUCUUUCUUCCCUUCCGUCUGGAAAAUAACUAGUUUCUGGGCUGGGAAUUUUGCAAGAUCAGUGGCUUAGGAGUGUUCAACGGAUCCAGGCAUCCUCCAAUACAAUGCUUUCCCUCAACAACAGACGAUCCUAAUGGAUUCAAGUGAUACAGUAUUGGGGAAAACUGAGAGAAAGUGGCCUCAAGGGAAUCCAAAUUCAUAUUCCUCACACAUCAUCAUUUACUCUUUUUUUUUUUUUUUCAAAUCAUCAAAUUUGUCCAUUUUUGGCUGUACAUAUAUGUGUUUGAGUCCCCAAUAAUUAUGGUAUGGGGUCGUUGCCUUUUCUCAGGUGGUAACCCAUAUCUCUGUCUUACCAGUAUAAGAGCUGUACUGUAUCAGAAACCAAUACUCAGUUGCUAUGUUCACGAACAGCUACUGAUGAAAAUUUUUGAUUUUACAGAAGUUACCAAUGUCUUCAUUUUCUCUAUUAGGCUUGUGAAAACUUUAAUCUUCUCUUUUGCAGUUUUGUUGUAGGAAAAUUUUGAUUAUGUUAUGUACUUAUUUUGAU